UGUACCAAAAACGCACCAAAACCCUUUCAAGAACCAACCCCUGGCGGUCUACUACAUCCUGUACCCAGAUCCCACCCCACCAUGGAUCGACACACAUGUAAAUCUAGUCAAAUCCAGACUGGGCGUUCGCACGCGCAAACAUUCAUCUUCUCACCAAAAAAAAUUAUGUCCUUGUACCCUCUAAUGGCCCCCCUGUUCCCCUGUUCCCCUCCUAUCCUACCUAUCCUACCUAUCCUAUCCCACCAAGCCCGCCAGCCCUCCUAUCCCCUUCGAAAGUUAGGUUCCAUUGCCAAUUGGCGGUGAAACCAACAUACAAAAUAAAAAUCACACCCCCCCCCAACCUCGAAAAACCCUGCCUGCCACCUUGCCAUGUGCCUGCUGCUGUUUAAUUGCUAAUAAUACUACCUCUACCCGCCCACACAGACAGCCGAGAUAAACACACUCGUUGGACUUGACCUCGUUCACAACCAUAUUUUUCUCUCCCACUUACAAUUUCGACGCGACGAAAACAUACUGUUCGACACCAUGGCAACUCGUCCUCAGAAUAUUGGCAUUAAGGCCAUUGAACUUUACUCCCCCAGCCAGUAUGUCGAGCAGUCGGAACUUGAGAAGUUCGACGGUGUUAGCGCCGGAAAGUACACAAUUGGUCUUGGUCAGACCAAGAUGACCUUCUGCGAUGACCGUGAGGAUAUCUACUCUAUCGCUUUGACUGCCACCUCGAAGUUGCUAAAGAACUACAACAUCGACCCUAACUCGAUCGGCCGCCUCGAGGUUGGUACCGAGACCAUGCUCGACAAGUCCAAGUCCGUCAAGUCCGUAUUGAUGCAGCUAUUCGGCGAAAACACCAACAUUGAGGGUGUCGACACCAUGAACGCUUGCUACGGCGGUACCAAUGCUCUGUUCAACUCUGUCAACUGGGUCGAGUCUUCUGCUUGGGACGGAAGAGACGCCAUUGUCAUAGCCGCUGACAUUGCUCUCUACGCCAAGGGCAAUGCGAGACCUACCGGAGGUGCCGGUGCUGUUGCCAUGCUGAUCGGCCCUGACGCCCCCCUCGUCGUUGAGCCCGGUCUACGUGGAUCCUACAUGCAGCACGUGUACGAUUUCUACAAGCCCGACCUUACCAGUGAGUACCCGUAUGUCGACGGCCACUACUCCGUCAACUGCUACAUGGAGGCUCUCGAUGCUGCUUAUCGCGCAUACUGCAAGCGUGAAGCGCAGCUACAAAACACCAAUGGCAACGGCAAUGGUGCCGCCCCUACUGAGGGCACCAAGACACCUCUUGACCGCUUCGACUACCUAGCCUUCCACUCGCCUACCUGCAAGGUCGUACAGAAGUCCUACGCACGCCUUCUGUACCACGACUACCUGUCCGACCCUGACAGCGCUGCUUUCGCCGAGGUCCCUGGCGACAUUCGGGAUAUGGACUACAACAAGUCCUUGUCUGACAAGGUUGUUGAGAAGACCUUCAUGGCUCUCACCAAGAAGCGCUUCAACGAGCGCGUCUCUCCUGCUAUCCAAGUCGCCACAAACUGCGGUAACAUGUACUGUGGUAGCUUAUGGAGCGGUCUUGCCAGCUUAGUUUCCUACGUCGACAGCGCUACUCUCCAGGGUAAGCGCAUUGGCCUUUUCAGCUACGGUUCUGGCUUGGCUGCCAGUUUCCUCUCCCUCCGCGUCAAGGGCAGCACGGAACAAAUUGCCAAGAUCUUAGAUAUCCCUAACAAGCUUGCUUCACGGCGAGCAGUCUCUCCUGAGACAUAUGAAGCUUUCUGCGAGCUCCGUCACAAGGCUCACUUGCAGAAGGACUACAAGGCGCAAGGCGAUGUGUCCACUCUGGCCAGUGGCACCUACUACCUAGAGUACGUUGACGACAUGUUCAAGCGUACCUACGCCAUCAAAGCAUAAACGACAAAAGAUCAGAAAAGGAAGCAUUAGAUGCAAUUCACAUUCGAUAUAGACCGACAUGACAUUCAGUUCUCUAUAGACAUGGGUGGGUUCAUUACGGUACCUAGGUAUCUAGACCAUGACGAUUGUGUUAUGUAAGCGUGUUACGAAAGGUAACAUAUACAGCGAGGGAUUAUGACGACUUGUGAGAUAGGAGAGAGUCAAAUUAAUAAUAGCGUCGGGUGGAUGGAAAUGAUGGACGCCCGACUUGUAUAUAAUCAAGGUGCGAUUCACAUUACGAGUCGCACGAGUACGACAGACGCAAUAAGAUCUAGAUUCGGAAACAA